AUGUCAUUGCCCCUAUUCAAGCCAUGCGCCUCAUCGUUUUAUCGGGGCACGCGGGUGAUCGCGCCCCUGAGCGCUGCUGCUAAGCCCUUACUGUCUUCGUUGUCGCAACAACGAUGGAGCUCACACUCACCCAUGGGCAGCCCUUCAGGCACAUCGAGGAAAAAGGUGACGCUGGGCACGCUUCGGUCCAUGUACAAGAAGAAUGAGCCCAUCGCCGUGCUCACCGCGCAUGAUUUCCCCAGUGCACAUGUCGCGGAUGUGGCCGGUAUGGAUAUUGUGCUUGUCGGCGACAGCCUCGCCAUGGUGGCCCUCGGGAUGGAAGAUACGAGCGAGGUUCUUGUCGAGGAGAUGUUGCUGCACUGCAAGUCUGUUGCACGUGCAACCACGGCAGCCUUCACCGUUGGUGACCUGCCCAUGGGGUCUUACGAGAUCUCACCAAUGCAGGCACUCGAGACGGCCAUCAGGUUUGUCAAGGAAGGGCGGGUCCAAGGCGUCAAACUCGAAGGUGGCAAAGAAAUGGCCGCCACCAUCGAGAAGAUCACCCGUGCUGGCAUACCCGUUCUGGCGCACAUCGGCCUUACUCCCCAACGUCAAAAUGCUCUUGGUGGAUUCCGAGUUCAGGGCAAGACAUCGGACAGCGCCAUGAGAGUCCUUGAGGAUGCUCUUGCCAUACAAGAGGCCGGGAGCUUCGCCGUUGUCGUGGAAGCCGUUCCAGCGGAAGUCGCCAGCCUCAUAACUAAGGAGUUAUCCAUCCCCACCAUUGGUAUAGGUGCAGGCAACGGUUGUUCUGGUCAGGUUUUGGUUCAAACCGACAUGACUGGCAACUUCCCUCCUGGCCGGUUCCUUCCCAAAUUUGUCAAGCAAUACGGCAACGUAUGGGGGGACAACUUCCAUGCCAUCAAGUCGUAUCGGCAAGAGGUGAAGGCUCGCCAAUACCCAGCACCCGAGCACACAUACCCGAUUUCCCAAGACGCGGCCCAUGCGUUCGCCGCUGCUGUCGCGGAGAAGACAAGUGCAAGGCAGUCGCCCUUCGGUUCAGAAUAA